AUGUCUUCCCCCUCUACGCCGCGGACGACGCGUUCCGCAUCACCCACGGGGGCGUCUCCAGAUAUCCUCACGCCAGGACGGAAGAUCAAAGCCAUGCUAGCGGCGUUCGAUAGCGAUUCCGAGUCUGAGAACGAAACUAGGACGCGCGAGGCACAGAAACCGGCUCAUCGCUCGAUAUUCGGUGCUGGCGUGCGGAGUAAAGAGGGUGCAGAAACCGAUGACGAUGAAGAUGAGGGGGUUGUUCUGCCUAGAGGUCGGAUGGCGGCUAGAAUGCAGGGCGGGACUAGUCAACCUACUGUUGUCACGGAUGAGAAAGAGACGGCAUUUGAACGAGUGUCGAGGGCGUUGCGCGCGGACCAUAAAUCCGACUCUCCUUCGUCACCGUCUUCGGGUGGAGACGAGUUACCCGCGGCUGGUCCGAAAAGAAGACUCGCCAAGGGAAAGAAACAGGCCCAAACGUUUACGGAAGAGGGAGAUGCAUCGGACAGAUCGCCAUCGCCGGCACGUUCCUUCUCUCCACUCUUCAUGUCUUCGCCUGCGGCGUCGCGUCGUGGGUCGGUUGGAGAACCAGCGGAUCAGGACUCGAAUGACGAAGGCGAAGCCCCGCAACAGAAAUCUAACUCCCGCUUCCUGGCGCUGGUCGCUCAGAAGCGUAAAGAGCGCGAGGAAAAGGAAAGGAUCGAGGCGGAGAAGAAAGCAGCCAGGGUACAGAAAAUGAAGCAAUUCAGCUCGGACAUGCUCUCAGGCGGGGAGAGCGCGGAAGAGGACAACGGCGAUGACUCUGGUCGACGAUUAACACAGCAGUCACGGCCGGCGCGGAAAGCGAGCAAGAAGGCGAUCGAAGAAAUGAACCGCGAGACGCAGCGGAUGAGUCGAAACAUGCAGCUCGCUCAUCAGGCGAGGACGAAGAAGAAAAUUACCAAGGAAAGCUUCUUUGCCCGGUUCAAUUUCAUGCAGCCCGAUGGAGCCCAACCGGCAGAAAGCGCUUCUGCUUCCUCAACUACGACUACUACCACUGGCGAGUCUCGAAACUCUUCCGAUGCCGAGGCCAACAAGGGGACGAAAACACCGCGGACGUCUCCUGCUCCGGAGGUUUUGAACGACAAGGCGGCACCGGCUGUCACAAAUAAUCCAGUGGACAACGAAGACCGGGAGAUCCCUAGUCUGGACGACCUUCUUGCUGGCAAGUAUCAGCUCCCAGAGGAUCAACCUGUUGCCGUCGAGCGGGUUGAGGUCCAGAGCGAAGAGCCGCAUGAGCCACACAAAGAGACAAAACUCGAGCAUAAGACACUAACAGGCCCCCCCGUGCGUGUUCGUCUCUCACGGCAAACCGUGGCGGAGCAUCAAAAGGAGGAUUCCGAUAGUGAUCUGGAGGUGAUCACCUCGCCAGCGAAAUGCCGUCGGAUCGCGGCCUUUGAGAAUCUGCCGGUCAGGAAGAACCAGGAAUCGGGCUCGAUGCGUAAACUCAAGGCACUGGCUCAUUUGACUUCUCCUACGCGCCGUAGCGCUUCAAUGACCACUGCAGAACUGUCGGCAAAUCUUCUUUAUCAGGCCAGAGCACAGGCUGCAAGAGAACGGCAGGAGAGAAUCCAGGAGCUCCGAGCCAAGGGUAUCAUCAUUGAGACCGCCGAAGAACGGGCAGCCAUCGAGGAUGAUGUGGAAGAUCUCAUGGAGAAGGCCCGCAAGGAAGCUGAGGAGAUUGCCCGGAGAGAGAACAAGAAGAAAAAGACCAAGUCUGGUGAAGGGGAUGAGGACGAGGACGACGAGGAAGACAUGGACUUUGAGCUGUCUGGUUCAGAUGAGGAGAUGGGUGAUGGUGAUGAUGGAGAGGGUAGCACGAAUGGGGAUCCCCUGGUUGAAGAGGAAGCGGAUGAAGACGAUGAGUCCGAUGACGACGAUAAAUCAGAGCCCGUUUUCUCGGAUGACGAACAUGAAGAACCCUUGGAGAUGCCCACUGCACGCAGGAAGCGGCCUACGCGGGUCAUCAGUGACGAUGAGGAUGAUGAGGACGACAAAGGCGGAGAUCCACAGGAACCGAGGACACCUGCCAAGUCGAUGCCGCCGAGUGCGACGCCCGUCGAGCGGCCUCACUUCCCCGGGUUUCCAGCGUCAGGUAACCUGACCAUGAGCCUGACGCAAGCUUUCGCCGGUACGCUCGGUGGAAGCCAAUUGAGCGGCCAAGAAGACGCGUCAGCAAUUCCACCCUCGAUCCCGGACCCCGUGCAGGAGCGACAGGCGAGCCCUCUUCCCGAUCAGGAAGAGGAUUCUUCUCAGUUUAUUGUCAAAGAUAGUCAGGAGCAACAACGGCAGACGCCAGAUCUGUAUGCGGGGUAUCCGCGGGUCACAGAGUCCCCCGCGCAACAUUCUGUCUCUCAGUUUUCCCAGGUCCCAGAUCCAACCCAGGACGAGGGCUUCGUCUACUCCCCCUUUGACCCGUCGAAGCGAUUCAUCGGCACCCCGCCGCCAGGCACGGUUGACACGGUGUUGCUGACGCAGAGCCAGUCGCCGAUUGUGAACCGCUACCGAGGCAAGCUACAUCGCGGACGUGCUGGGCAGACUGAGACACCAGCAGGAGAUGAAGACGGAGAUGGUGGCCUUGAAACCAAGGCUAGCGCAUUUGACGUGAUGAAGAAAGCGACGAAGAAGAAACCGGCAGUCGUGUUCGACAAGACCAAGAGUAAAGCCAAGGAUAUUGUUGAAGAGGCUGCUGAAGAGUCAGAAGACGAGUACGCCGGUCUGGGCGGAGCCAGCGAUGACAGUGAUGGCGAGGAGGAUAUUUACGACCGGGAAAUGAUCAAUGACAAUAGCGGGGAGGUGGUGGAUGAGAAGGAGCUUGCUGCAUUAAAUGCUGUGCAUCAGAGAGAUGCGGAUGAGAAACAAGUCGCCAAGCUACUCAAGGAUAUUACGACAGGUGCACUGCGCCGACGACGUGGCGGAGACGACGAUUUCGAUCUUGAUGAUUCGGACGACGAGCAGGCUGCGCGUCGGCGCCGCAAGCAGCGGGAGUUUGCCAAGAUGCGCAAAGCCCUGAUGGCGGAUGAGAAGGUGGGCGAGUUGGCCGAGAACCCGAAGAAGGCGGCCUUCUUCCGGGCGAUCGAAGACCGCAAUGACGACGACGAUUUCAACCUGGAGUUUCUGGAGACGGGCGACGAGGCCUCCUCUCAGGAUGUGUCGGAGAGGAACGAGUCGGGAGAGCCGGGGGCGCCAAACAAGAAGCGACCUCUAGAGUCUUCUGAUGAAGUGGCCAACCGACCACCGCCCCAUCUGCGCCGGACCGCAGCCAGCGCCAUGUCGAAGAGACCGGCGACACUCGCGGAGAUCCGCGAGACCCUCUCCUUCCUAACCGAGCAGCAGGAGUACGACUCGUUCCGCGAAGAUGCAUCAAUUGACGAGGCGGCCGAGGAGGAGAGACAGGAGGAAAGCGAGGAAAGCGAGACGGCUGCCGUCACGCACAGCAACGGAGAUGGCUUCGCGAUUCCGCGGCACCCACGGCGCACGCGCGGCCCGGUGGUCGACCGGCUCGCGCUGCUACGCCAGGCGUCAUCGAAUUCGGCUUCAUCGACGCUGAACGGGCCUGGCAACGGACGGCUAGCCUUCCACUCUGGGUCGGACGCCGCUGGACCGAUCGGAUUCCGUCCGCCGGCGUUGCUGCGCCGAGCCAGCAGCAGCCGGAGCACGAGCAGCAGCACGAGCAGCAGCACGACCAGUAACGGCUCUACCACUACUACCUCAUCGUCCCGGGUGACCAAGCCAGCCAAGGGGUCGGUCAACUACUACACGGCGGCGCGGGAGAAGGAGCGCGAGCGACAGAUCCGGGCGAAGCAGCGGACGGGGUCGAACAUUGCGGCGCUGCUGAGCAAACACGCGGGGGGGCUCAAGACACUGGGAGGUGGCGAGUGGGAGUAG